GUCAAACCCUAAUCUCUCUCUCUCUAUAUAUAUAUAUAUGCAUCCAUUCUAGUAUUCAUACCACCAUCGAAUUCAUCGAGUUAGCUUUCUCUCUUAAUUUGUUCACAAUGGGCGGCGAAGUUUCACACCGGGGAAUAGGGAUGUUCACAAUCCACGUCCUAACCGGCCGAUGGUUUAUGAUAGUCGCCUGUCUUUUAAUCAUGUCAGUCGCCGGCGCCACCUACAUGUUCAGUCUCUACUCCGGCGAAAUCAAAACCUCCCUCGGCUACGAUCAAUCCACUCUCAACCUCCUCAGCUUCUUCAAAGACCUAGGCGCAAACGUCGGUCUAAUUUCCGGCUUAAUCAACGAAAUCACUCCACCUUGGGUAGUUCUCUUAGUCGGCGCCGCCAUGAAUUUCUCCGGCUAUUUCAUGAUCUGGCUCGCCGUCUCCGCCCACAUACCCAAACCCCCUGUUUGGCAAAUGUGUGUUUUCAUUUGCAUCGGAGCUAAUUCUCAAACUUACGCCAAUACCGGCGCUUUAGUAACCGCCGUUAAAAACUUCCCGGAAAGCCGUGGAGUUGUUCUAGGUCUUCUUAAAGGCUUCGUCGGUCUUAGCGGCGCUAUUAUAACUCAACUUUUCCACGCUUUCUAUGGCCGCGAUAACAAAUCGCUUAUUUUAUUCAUUGGUUGGCUGCCGGCGGCGAUUUCCUUGGUUUUUCUUAGAACUAUCCGUUAUAUGAAAGUCAUUCGACAGGAAAAUGAAUUGAAAAUCUUUUACCGCCUGCUUUACAUCUCUCUUUCCCUCGCUGGAUUCCUCAUGGCUGUUAUAAUUAUCGAAAACAGAGUACAUUUUUCUCGGUCGGAGUUCGGUGUAAGCGCUGCCGUGGUAAUCUUCCUCCUCUUCGCACCUAUAUUAGUUGUGAUCAAUGAAGAGAAACAUAUAUGGAAAAACAAAAACACUCCUAAACCGGAAAAAACAGAGCAAUUCGAACAAAUAAUUGUCAAUUCAUCACCGUUACCGUCACCACCACCACGAGAAGCGGAUAGUUGUUUUAGCAACGUAUUCAGACCUCCAAAAAGAGGUGAAGAUUACACAAUCCUUCAAGCGUUAUUCAGCAUAGACAUGAUCAUUCUAUUUAUCGCCACCACUUGCGGCGUUGGUGGAACCCUAACCGCCAUCGACAACCUCGGUCAGAUUGGAACCUCCCUCGGAUACCCACCAACCGCCACCACAACCUUCGUUUCCCUAGUGAGCAUAUGGAAUUACCUAGGCCGAGUUGUCUCCGGUUUUGUUUCCGAGAUGUUCCUUUCAAAAUACAAAAUCCCUCGCCCUCUAAUUCUCACGUUCGUCCUCCUCUUAUCGUGCGUUGGCCAUCUACUAAUCGCGUUUGGAGUUCCAAACUCUCUUUACAUCUCAUCGAUAAUAAUCGGUUUCUGUUUCGGUGCACAAUGGCCAUUGAUUUUCGCUAUCAUUUCGGAGAUAUUCGGAUUGAAAUACUACUCUACUUUGUAUAAUUUAGGUGGGUCGGCGUCUCCGGUGGGGUCUUACAUUUUGAACGUGAAGGUGGCCGGAAAUUUAUACGACGAGGUGGCGUUGAGGCAGUUGACGGCAAAAGGGUUGACUAGAGAAGUGGGAAAAUACUUGACUUGCAUUGGGGUGGAGUGUUAUAAGAAGUCGUUUCUUAUUAUGACCGCUACUGCUGCGUUUGGAUGUUUUGUGUCGUUAAUUUUAGUGUUUAGAACUAGAGAGUUUUAUCGAGGAGAUAUAUAUAAACGCUUUAGAGAUGAGAGUAGAAAGAUCGAAAAUGAUGAAGUCGACAUGAAACCUAUGGGGGCGUAACAAAAAUAAAUAAUGUAUGCUAAAUACUAUGUUCCUUAUUGUAAUUAUUAUAUAGUUUGAGAAACACAAAAUUACUACAGAAAAACAAAUUAUAAAUUGAAGUUUUCUUUUUGAUU